CGACAGCAAACCCGUGAAGCCGAGAGAGUGAAGAAGGGGACAAGUCAGAUUUGUCAUUUGUCGCACCCCCCGUGACUCCAGGCCAAUCUGAUCUGCCUUAUCUUUUUAUGAGUAGCAUUAGAGCUCAACGAGAUAUCUACGCUGCUAUCUAGAGACAGCCGUGACGAGUUCGGGUCGAGCGAGGAGCAACCAACAACAUGACACUCUCGUUUAGGCUGGUCGCCGGCGUUCUUCUGGUCCUGGCAUUAGCUCUGCUCUCUUCGAGCGCGGAGGAGAGGAGCGCCGGGCGCGCUGCCAGUGUCAGCGCGAUGGGCUCAGAUCACGAUCAGACGUCGGAAGCUCCGGUGCCGCCGUUGAGGCCUCUUGGCUCGAGGAAACCGAAGGCGGCUCCGCCCCCGCCUCAUCCACGGGCGAGUAUAAGGACAAGGCCAUCUCCUCGAUCUCGUUUGUUACAACCGCCGCCGCCGCCACCAGGCUCGUAGGUGUAGGCUGUGUACGUCUAGGCGGCCGGCAGGCUCUAGUCCUCUAGGUCUACAGACGUGAGAAAAUGGUUUGUUGGCGUUGGCAUCCCUCCAAUUUCCUGUGAACCUGUUGUAGUGUUCCUCAGUUGUGAGUUUUCAACGAACUUUUGGAAGUUCUAUGUCUCUGUCGGUUAUGGUUCAGGUAUUUGGGCGCUUUCAGCCCCAAAACCAUCGGUUGCGUAUUUUAAUAUUUUCUUCUUGGCUGCUCAACA